CUUGGAGAGGACAGACCCGGAGCCCGGGGGCCGCGGACCCGCGUGCGGAGGGACCGGGGGGCGAGUGGGGUCAGCUUAUCAUGGCGGAUCGGACAGCUCCCAGCUGCCAGCUCCGGCUGGAGUGGGUGUACGGGUACCGGGGUCACCAGUGCCGCAACAACCUGUACUACACCGCCGGCAAGGAAGUGGUCUACUUUGUGGCUGGCGUCGGGGUGGUUUACAGCACCCGCGAGCACAGCCAAAAAUUCUUCUUGGGACACAACGACGACAUUAUCAGCCUUGCCUUACACCCAGAUAAAACCCUUGUUGCAACUGGCCAAGUUGGGAAGGAGCCAUAUAUAUGUAUAUGGGACUCCUAUAAUGUCCAGACUGUGUCUAUUCUUAAAGAUGUCCAUACACAUGGAGUCGCCUGCCUGGCUUUCGACUCAGAUGGACAGCGUUUAGCCUCUGUGGGAUUGGAUGCCAAAAACACAGUCUGCAUUUGGGACUGGAGGAAGGGAAAACUUCUGGCCUCAGCCACUGGCCACUCUGACCGGAUUUUUGAUAUUUCCUGGGAUCCAUAUCAGCCAAACAGAGUGGUCAGCUGUGGAGUGAAACAUAUAAAGUUUUGGACACUAUGUGGAAAUGCCCUGACUGCAAAAAGAGGGAUAUUUGGCAAAACAGGGGAUCUUCAGACCAUCCUUUGCCUUGCAUGUGCCAAAGAAGACAUCACCUACUCUGGUGCUUUAAAUGGCGACAUCUAUGUCUGGAAAGGGCUCAAUUUAGUCCGCACCAUUCAAGGAGCACAUAGUGCUGGAAUCUUCAGCAUGUAUGCUUGCGAAGAAGGCUUUGCCACUGGUGGACGAGAUGGGUGUAUACGAUUAUGGGAUACUGAUUUCAAACCAAUAACCAAAAUUGAUCUCAGGGAGACAGAACAAGGAUAUAAAGGCCUCUCUAUCCGGAGUGUGUGCUGGAAAGCAGACCGCCUUCUAGCAGGGACCCAGGACAGUGAGAUAUUUGAAGUGAUUGUGCGAGAACGGGACAAGCCAAUGCUGAUCCUGCAGGGCCACUGUGAGGGGGAGCUCUGGGCUCUGGCCCUGCACCCCAAGAAGCCGCUGGCUGUGACAGGCAGCGAUGACCGCUCUGUCAGGCUGUGGAGUCUAGCAGACCAUGCCUUGAUCGCCCGCUGUAACAUGGAGGAAGCGGUUCGAAGCGUUGCUUUCAGCCCUGAUGGAUCUCAGUUGGCCCUGGGCAUGAAGGACGGAUCUUUCAUUGUUCUCCGAGUCAGAGAUAUGACAGAAGUGGUUCAUAUCAAAGAUCGAAAAGAAGUCAUUCACGAAAUGAAAUUUUCUCCAGAUGGUUCUUAUCUGGCAGUGGGAUCCAAUGACGGCCCAGUAGAUAUCUACGCUGUCGCCCAGCGGUAUAAGAAAAUUGGAGAAUGCAACAAGUCUCUCAGUUUCAUCACACACAUCGACUGGUCUUUGGAUAGUAAAUACUUGCAAACUAAUGACGGUGCCGGAGAACGGCUGUUCUACAAAAUGCCAUCUGGGAAGCCUUUAACAAGUAAAGAAGAAAUCAAAGGGAUUCCCUGGGCCUCCUGGACAUGUGUGAAUGGCCCAGAAGUGAGUGGGAUUUGGCCAAAAUACACUGAUGUCACUGACAUCAACUCAGUGGAUGCAAAUUACAACCACUCAGUACUGGUGUCUGGAGAUGAUUUUGGACUGGUUAAAUUGUUUAAGUUUCCUUGUCUCAAGAAAGGAGCCAAAUUUAGAAAGUAUGUGGGUCAUUCUGCACAUGUCACAAACGUCCGCUGGUCUCAUGACUUUCAGUGGGUAUUAAGCACAGGAGGGGCUGACCACUCGGUUUUCCAGUGGAGAUUUAUUCCAGAAGGUGUCAGCAAUGGCCUGCUGGAAACAGCACCCCAGGAAGGUGGCUCCGAUUCCUAUAGUGAAGAAUCUGAUUCGGAUUUAUCUGACGUGCCGGAGUUGGACUCUGAUAUUGAGCAAGAAACUCAAAUCAAUUAUGAUCGCCAGGUUUACAAAGAAGAUCUACCUCAGCUAAAGCAACAAAGUAAAGAGAAAAACCAUGCAGUGUCCUUCCUCAAACGAGAAAAGGCUCCUGAGGACAGCUUGAAACUCCAGUUCAUACAUGGCUAUAGAGGCUACGAUUGUAGAAACAAUCUGUUCUACACACAAGCUGGAGAAGUGGUCUAUCACAUUGCUGCAGUUGCUGUCGUGUACAAUAGGCAACAACACUCCCAGAGGCUGUACCUGGGACACGAUGAUGACAUUCUCAGCCUGACCAUCCAUCCAGUGAAGGACUAUGUGGCCACUGGGCAGGUUGGGAGAGAUGCGGCUAUUCAUGUGUGGGACACGCAGACUCUAAAAUGUUUGUCACUGUUGAAAGGACAACAUCAGAGAGGAGUGUGUGCGCUCGAUUUUUCAGCCGAUGGAAAAUGUCUGGUGUCGGUUGGUUUAGACGAUUUUCACAGUAUUGUAUUUUGGGACUGGAAAAAGGGAGAAAAGAUAGCCACCACCAGAGGACAUAAAGAUAAGAUAUUUGUGGUAAAGUGUAACCCACACCAUGUUGACAGACUGGUUACGGUUGGGAUCAAGCACAUCAAAUUCUGGCAACAAGCAGGUGGGGGCUUCACCUCUAAAAGAGGAAUUUUUGGAAGUGUUGGAAAGUUAGAAACAAUGAUGUGCGUUUCUUAUGGACAAAUGGAAGAUCUGGUGUUCUCAGGAGCAGCUACUGGAGAUAUUUUUAUUUGGAAGGAUGUUCUCCUACUAAAGACAGUGAAAGCUCAUGACGGGCCCGUGUUUGCUAUGUAUGCAUUGGAUAAGGGUUUUGUAACAGGUGGAAAGGAUGGAAUUGUGGAACUCUGGGAUGAUAUGUUUGAAAGAUGCUUGAAGACUUAUGCCAUUAAAAGAGCAGCAUUGUCAACCAGCUCAAAAGGCUUGCUUUUGGAAGAUAACCCUUCAGUUCGUGCCAUCACUUUGGGACAUGGACAUAUCCUGGUGGGAACGAAAAAUGGAGAGAUCCUGGAAAUUGAUAAGAACGGCCCAAUGACACUGCUCAUUCAGGGGCACAUGGAAGGAGAAGUAUGGGGGCUGGCGGCUCACCCUCGCCUGCCUGUCUGCGCAACAGUGAGCGACGAUAAAACACUGCGGAUCUGGGAACUAUCUUCCCAGCACCGUAUGCUGGCAGUACGGAAACUCAAAAAAGGUGGAAGAUGCUGUGCCUUCUCCCCUGAUGGGAAAGCCUUAGCAGUUGGCUUGAAUGAUGGGAGUUUCCUGGUUGUAAAUGCCGACACUGUUGAAGACAUGGUCUCCUUCCAUCACAGAAAAGAAAUGAUCUCUGACAUUAAAUUUUCAAAAGAUACAGGAAAAUACCUUGCUGUGGCGUCCCAUGAUAACUUUGUGGAUAUUUACAACGUCCUUACAAGCAAAAGGGUUGGCAUCUGUAAAGGUGCUUCUAGUUACAUUACACACAUUGACUGGGACUCUAGAGGGAAAUUACUGCAAGUUAAUUCAGGUGCCAAAGAACAACUCUUUUUUGAAGCUCCAAGAGGCAAACGGCAUAUAAUAAGACCUUCAGAGAUUGAGAAGAUAGAGUGGGACGCUUGGACCUGUGUGCUGGGGCCCACCUGUGAGGGCAUCUGGCCAGUGCACAGUGAUGUGACUGAUGUGAAUGCUGCCAGUCUCACCAAAGACCAUUCCCUCUUAGCCACAGGAGAUGAUUUUGGUUUUGUUAAGCUUUUUUCAUAUCCUGUCAAGGGCCAGCAUGCGAGAUUCAAGAAGUACGUGGGGCACAGUGCCCACGUCACCAACGUGAGAUGGCUGCACAACGACUCUGUGCUGCUCACGGUGGGCGGUGCCGACACGGCCCUGAUGAUCUGGACGAGGGAGUUUGUGGGGACCCAGGAGAGCAAGCUGGUGGACAGUGAGGAGUCGGACACUGACGCAGAGGAGGACGGAGGCUAUGACAGUGACGUUGCUAGAGAAAAGGCCAUCGAUUACACCACCAAGAUCUAUGCUGUGAGCAUCAGGGAAAUGGAAGGCACCAAACCACACCAGCAGAUGAAAGAAGUUUCAGUGGAAGAAAGGUAUGGUGUUGCCAGGGGAUCCAGACCACCCGUUAGCAGAGCGGCUCCCCAGCCUGAGAAACUCCAGAAGAACAAUAUCACCAAAAAAAAGAAACUGGUUGAGGAGCUGGCUCUCGACCACGUGUUUGGCUACAGAGGGUUUGACUGUCGCAAUAACCUGCAUUACCUGAAUGACGGUGCUGACAUCAUCUUCCACGCAGCCGCGGCCGGCAUCGUUCAGAACCUGUCCACAGGGAGCCAGAGCUUCUACUUGGAGCACACGGAUGACAUCCUCUGCCUCACGGUGAACCAGCACCCCAAGUACAGAAACGUGGUGGCCACCAGCCAGAUAGGAGCAACACCUUCCAUCCACGUGUGGGACGCCAUGACCAAACACACCCUCUCCGUGCUGCGGUGCUUCCACUCAAAGGGGGUGAAUUACAUCAACUUCAGCGCAACCGGGAAGCUGCUGGUGUCGGUGGGCGUGGACCCCGAGCACACCAUCACCGUCUGGCGCUGGCAGGAGGGUGCCAAGGUUGCUAGCCGAGGGGGCCACCUGGAGCGCAUAUUCGUGGUGGAGUUUCGCCCUGACUCAGACACGCAGUUUGUGUCUGUCGGAGUCAAGCACAUGAAGUUCUGGACCCUGGCAGGCAGUGCCCUGCUUUAUAAGAAAGGGGUCAUCGGGUCCAUGGAGGCUGCCAAGAUGCAGACGAUGCUCUCCGUGGCCUUCGGUGCUAACAACCUCACUUUCACGGGUGCCAUCAACGGCGACGUCUACGUGUGGAAGGACCACUUCCUUGUCCGGCUGGUGGGCAAGGCUCACACAGGCCCCGUCUUCACAAUGUACACGACCCUUCGGGACGGGCUCAUAGUGACCGGUGGAAAAGAGCGGCCGACCAAAGAAGGAGGUGCUGUGAAACUGUGGGACCAGGAAAUGAAGCGCUGCCGGGCCUUCCAACUGGAGACGGGGCAGCUGGUGGAGUGUGUGCGCUCCGUGUGCCGCGGCAAAGGAAAGAUUUUAGUGGGAACCAAGGACGGAGAAAUCAUUGAAGUUGGUGAAAAAAAUGCUGCUUCCAACAUCCUGAUUGAUGGACACAUGGAAGGGGAGAUCUGGGGCCUGGCCACACACCCCUCCAAGGACAUCUUCAUCUCUGCUAGCAAUGACGGCACAGCCCGAAUCUGGGACCUGGCUGACAAGAAGCUGCUAAACAAGGUGAACCUGGGCCACGCGGCCAGGUGUGCAGCCUACAGCCCUGACGGGGAGAUGGUGGCCAUUGGCAUGAAGAAUGGAGAGUUUGUCGUCUUGUUGGUGAACAGCCUGAAAGUUUGGGGGAAGAAACGAGACCGGAAAUCUGCUAUCCAAGAUAUCAGAAUCAGCCCAGACAGCAGAUUCUUAGCUGUUGGUUCUUCUGAACACACAGUUGACUUCUAUGACCUCACUCAGGGCACGAGUCUGAACCGCAUCGGCUACUGCAAAGAUAUCCCAAGCUUUGUCAUUCAGAUGGAUUUUUCCGCGGAUGGCAAAUACAUCCAGGUGUCAACAGGAGCCUACAAGCGCCAGGUGCAUGAGGUGCCCCUGGGGAAGCAGGUCACCGAAGCCACGGUCAUUGAGAAGAUCACCUGGGCCUCCUGGACAAGCAUUCUGGGAGACGAAGUCAUUGGCAUCUGGCCGCGAAACGCAGACAAGGCUGAUGUCAACUGCGCGUGUGUGACCCACGCUGGCCUGAACAUUGUCACGGGAGACGACUUUGGGCUCGUGAAGCUCUUUGAUUUUCCAUGCACAGAGAAAUUUGCCAAGCAUAAGCGUUACUUCGGUCACUCGGCUCACGUGACGAACAUCCGUUUCUCUCAUGACGACAAGUACGUGGUCAGCACUGGAGGAGACGACUGCAGCGUGUUCGUGUGGCGAUGCCUGGAAGUGCCAGAGUCCUCUUACUUUAUUGCUGCUGCUGCCGCCAGCCACCGUGGAGGCAGUGAUGAGGUGCCUCCUGGCCGCCAGCUGCUGGGAAAGGCCUACGACACCGCAGGCCGCACAAGCUCCAAGUGCUAGUGAAGUGGUGUGACUGUGCCCAUCGCCUGGAAUCUCCAAAACCGUCGGGCCAAAAACGAAGGUCAGUUCUAACAAGUUAAGACUGCUUGCCUCUGUUCCUGAGACUAAAAACUAUACGUACUAACUACACUGACAAAGAAAUCCUAUCUGACAAUGUAGCCCACUGACAAAAUUUAAAGCCUCAGUUACCC